UUUCUUACAUGUGUGUAUUAUUUAAUUUGACGGUUGCACCUGUUGACUGGGACUUAAUCUUGUGCAUCUAUGUACUUUAAUAGGCCAAUAUUUUCUUUCACAGUCUGGCAUCUGGCACACAGAGGCUUGCUAUGGAUAUAACUUAGCAAGAUAAUUUAUUAACGUUCUAAUAUCAGUACUUGAGGACUGUUUCACAACUAGCGAGGAUGCAUUACUAUAACAGGUUAAUGGUUAUGGGCUUAUGGCAGGACCUGCAAUUGGAAUGCCGCUUGCUCAAGAAAAGUUGAAUAUGCUGUUGAACGAAAUGAAUGAAUAAAGUACAAAAAAUUGAAAUCAACAGCAAAGCCCCAUAUGAUUCUCUCAAUAGACUGUGCGGUCUGAGAAUUAAGCUCUUAGUUGAGGAAAUCUUAGAGGGAGUGACAGACAUUGACUUGGUGAUUAAUCUGAAGCUUCGGGAAGAUGCGUUGAUCGCCAAGUGCUUAGGAAGAAGGACUUGUAGCGAGUGUGGAGGCAAUUAUAAUGUUGCAUGCAUUGAUAUGAAGGGUGAUGAUGGUGAAACUAGAAUGUACAUGCCUCCCCUUCUCCCCCCUCCGCAUUGUGAAACCAAACUUAUUACACGGUCUGAUGACACUGAAAAUGUUGUGAAGGAACGCCUCCGCAUCUACCAUGAAACAAGCAAACCAGUAGAGGACUUUUACCGCAAGCGGGAUAAGCUGUUGGAGUUUGAUCUCCCUGGAGGAAUUCCAGAGUCUUGGCCAAAGUUACUUCAGGCUUUGAAUGUCUACGACGACGAGGAUAAGAAAUCUGCAGCAGCAUGAUAAUUGAUUACUUGUCUUGUCGGUAUGUUUACUAUUGUUGUAGGUUCAUUCUUUGCAUACAUGUUGGACAUGCGCGAGCAUCUAUUCGAUUUAAAAAGCACGAUAAUGGGGCUCCCUACCCCUUUCUAUUCUCUCCCUCACUAUUGUAUUAUAUAAAUAAUGCUAAGGCAACUAUAACAAUUGUAUGGAGUAUUUCUUGUCCAUGUUUGUUCAUAGAGGUCCGCAAACCAUGUGAUUUCAUUAAAUAUUUUGAUGAUAUACUCAGGGAAAUGUUAUUGAGUUCUAAUUACAUAGUUUGGUAUGUUCAUAUGCU